AGAAGCGAUACUCGUCUGAGCUCAACAAUGGCAAAGCGAUUCUACGAGCUUACCGCCAAGCUGGUAACGGGGGAACCUUUCAAUUUCUCCUCGCUGCGGGGCAAAGUGGUCCUCAUUGAGAACGUCGCGUCUCUCUGAGGGACGACCACCAGGGAUUACACCCAGAUGAACGAGCUCCACGAGCGUUACAGCGCCAAGGGGCUCGUUAUCCUGGGUGUGCCCUGCAAUCAGUUCGGCCACCAGGAGAACAGCAAGAAUGAGGAAAUCCUCCCGGCAUUGAAGUAUGUCCGACCUGGGAAUGGCUUUGAGCCCAAGUUCCAGCUUCUGGAGAAGGUGGAGGUGAAUGGGAAGGACGCCCACCCGCUGUUUGUAUUCCUGCGGGAGAGUCUCCCGUUCCCCAGCGACGACCCCACCUCCCUGAUGGGUGACCCCAAGUGCAUCAUCUGGAGCCCUGUGUGCAGGAACGACGUGUCCUGGAACUUUGAGAAGUUCCUCAUCGGCUCGGACGGCGUGCCCUUCAAGCGCUACAGCCGCAGGUUCCUCACGAGUGACAUCGACGGCGACAUCAAGAAGCUCCUGAGCCAGGCAAACUAAUGAAAGGAAAGCGCCUGAAAUUGUCAAGACCACCUGUGGGUUUUUGUCGAGAUGUAUGCUGUUUUCUGCUUUUUUACUUGAUGAAGGCGACCUCUGAAACCAAGCCAAUUGUGAGGAGGUUAACCGAUGGACUGUAAAGAAACGGAACUCUUCAGCGACAUUAAACGCAUGUAAAGCACAGCUGUGGUUCAAAAGAACAAAUAAAUGCUUCUUCCUUCA